CAAGAGGCACUCGCGGCCGCGCCCUGAAGAUGCAGGAAGAAUUCAAUGCCCAGGCAGAAAGGCACAAGGAGAAGCUACGACAGUAUUCUCAGGAACCCCGUGACCCACAAGAAGCACUACCGCCUGUGCGUCCUUUACAAGGUCCCCCAAGUGCGCGUGCUGGACUUCCAGAAGGUGAAGCUCGGAAAUUGGUGAGGAUCGCAUGGCAGACAGUUUCACUUCCAGGGCCCUGAAAAGCCAGGGCAGUAGGGGGCGAGCACGUGCCUCGGGGGACAUGCCAAGUAGGGGGAGACCUUUUCCCAGAGGAGCAGCCUCACCAUCUCCGCCGACUGCCCCAUGAAGCUCCACAACUCCCCCAUGGACGAGCACACGUGCCCCCUGAGCUUCGGCAGCUGGUGGAAGCCUCAUCGCUGACACGGAGAGGGAUGGAGCGCCCGAGACAAAACCCGCAGGGCGGGCACGUCUUCCCACCUGUAACGUGAUGGCAGGGCACCCGCCCUCAUGGCCACGGGGGUGACCACGGUGCUGACCAUGACCACCAUGGGCAUCAAUGCCCGGAGCAUGCUGCCCGAGGUGUCCUACGCCACCGCCUUGGACUGGUUCAUGGCCGUGUCUUACCUCUUCGUGUUCGCCGCGCUCCUCGAGUUUGCCGCCGUCAACCGUUUCACCAAGAGGAGCUGGGCCUGGGAUGGCAAGGGCAGCGCGGGCCGGAUGAAGCACAAGAAGCAGCAGCGCCUCUUAGGCGGGAGAAGGCUGUGCACCACCUCGAGGAGGAGGAGCCACUCGCCCGGCACCCCAGGGGAGCACAUCCCGAUGGAGAUGAAAUUCCUGCACAUUAAAAGGGGCUUAAUUAGAGGAAAUAACUUAAUAUUGCUGUUUGCCCUUUCUGUGUAGUAGAAGUGUCGGAGAUGAAAGGAAAUUAGUAAAAUGUAUAUGAAAACUUCCUGCUGCCGAAACGGGUUUGGCUCAGUGGAUGGAGCGUCGGCCUGCAGACCGAAGGGUCCCGGGUUCGAUUCCGGUCAAGGGCAUGUACCUUGGUUGUGGGCACAUACCCUGUGGGGGGUGUGCAGGAGGCGGCUGAUCGAUGUUGCUCUCCCAUCGAUGUUUCUGGCUCUCUAUCCGUCUCCCUUCCUCCCUGUAAAAAAUCAAUAAAAUAUAUUUUUAAAAAAACACA